ACCACCAACUCGGAGGAGAUCAACGAAAAGGUGUCACUCGCCGGAGUCUCCUCCGAUGCUUCGACUGCACAACCUCCCACUGAAGAUGAAAAGGCCAUGGCACUCCUCGUUGACGUUGCCAAUGCAGCCCUCGCCUCCUCUCCGAACCUCGUGGCUCGUCCCGUGUUGGUAGACGCACAGCCUGUCCCACCCAAAGUAAAUGACGUCUUGGGAGAAAUGUGGGAUGAAAUCAGCAAAGAAUUGCGUGCCAAAAAGCUUGUCCGCGGCACGUUGUCUCGCGCUUCGACCCCUCCUCCUACCGUCUCCAUCUCUAGACCCGAAUCCGAGGACGAGGAUAGUAUCGUCGAAAAGAUUAGAAUGCCCAAACACCUGGCCAUUCCAAUUCAACGCGCACGUUCUCCUCUCUAUCAAAAACUCUUUCCAUCGGAAACGACCACAUCUGAAUUCGUGGCUGGUAGCCCAGCUAUGAGUUACGUCACUGCCCAAAUAAGUCCAGCCACCAGCUUUGUCACCGCCAUUGAGAGGGGCUCUACCCCUUUGCCCGUGGAGGAAGGCAGAGCUCCGAUCGUCGACUUGGGCUCUUCGCCUCCCCUCCCGUACUACUCUUUGCCAUCCUCACCGCGUCGCCACCUGGCUUCUGCUCCUCUCCCCCGUCCGGCAUCGCCUCAACCACCUGGCGCACUCGUGAUGUACGACUAUGAGAAUGACGACGCUCGGGAGAAUGUAGCACUUCUUCCACCAGCUCAUAUUACCCAGACGGCGUUGAAUCUUGCAUUGACGCUCCCAGCGACCGAAUGGGUCUUCCAAUUCAUUGUCGUCUUUAUUGGGUGGUUUGGAUUUUGGAUGCAACCGUUGCCUUCCCAAACUAGACGGAGGCGAUAG